GGAGGCCCAGAGCUUGAGGGCAGCCACCGAGUGUUCGCAAGAGCCACCAGGAGUCACCAGGAGCCGAAAGAGUCACCGGCACAUCCAGGAGCCAUCAAGAGGCACCCCCAAAGUCGCGGAGCUACCGAAAGGCGACCGCACCGCACACAGCUACAACAGGAUGCAGUACGGCAAUCUUCUGCUGUUGGCGGCCCUGGCCUGCUGCCUGGGCGGCCUGGGCGCGCUGGCGCAGCGCGUCCCCAGCCAAGACCAGGUGACCAAGGCCCUGCUCGACCUGGACCGCAUCUACUCCAAACGCUUACAGUCAGACGGCUUCAGCGACCCCGGACUCAAGGCGGGCGACGAUCUGCUCAAGCUGAAGCAGGCCUACAAGCUGCUCAUGCUGCAAGACCUCGACAACCGGUACAAGAUGAUCAACAGGCCGAGGUACGGCAAGCGGUCCGAGGCCCGCCUGCUUGACCUGGGGCCCGUCCCGGUGACCAGCGGGGACGAGGCGGCGCAGAUGGAGCGGGUAGAAAACCUGAUGUGGCCCCGGUACGCGGACCGCAGGUGAACAAGUCGUAGAGGGUGUCCCCGGGACGCUGUCUCGCUGUCCAGCAGUCCCGCCUCCCCGGCGCCGUGGCUGUCCUAGCUGCCCGCGGCCCGCGGCCCGCCACGCCAUCUCAUCUCACAGCAUCUCCGCUCCGCACCGCACCAGCACCACCAGGACGUCAGCACAGCGCACUCCACUCGUAGGCCGUGGCCGUGCGCGUCCCCGUUUUCCCGUCUCUCCUUUUCGUUUUCCAUCUCCGGACUGGUGCCUCCUCUUUCUCUUUUAAUAAACCUCCACCGCAGUCGGGAUCCAAGCUGCGGCGGCAGCUUGCUGCGGCUUUGGUGUUCGGUGGCCAGAGCCUUGGCCGAAGCGCGCCACGCGCCGCGGUCCACCCCAGCGACCCUAGCGACCCCAGCCAAGGCGGUACUGGCCCUGGCACCUCUCUAGCGCGCUGGCGCCACGGCAGUCCUGGCUUCGUGUUCACAUGGCCGAGCCUCGCCAAUCCUAGAGUGAACCACGACGCCCGUCCCUCCCAUGUAUAGUGAAAAAAAUGUAUACUUGUUAUUUAUUGAGCAGAUUAAACUGAUGGAAGAUGGAGAA